AAAGACCUCUCUUAAUUUGGUCAUCCCCUUCGAAACUUUGCAAUCAUCAUCUUUUAUGCACCUCACUUGGUCCAGAUCCGAGCUGUCCUCUCACUUACCUUAGCGAGUCACAAUAACUUCAGCUUCCCGCCUUUGUUCCCUAGUUCAUCGUACAGACGAGCAACUAUUACAAAAACUAUUACAAAAGAAGAAGAAGAAGAAAAAUAAAGUUUGAGCAAAUGGCAAAAUCUUCACCGGGAAGAGAUGAUGAAAAUGGUAACGAAGAAGGAAGCAGUUGGACCACAAGACCCGUUCCCAAAAAACGGAGAACUUCGGCCGCCACUCUCUGGAGGUGGAGGAGAAGAUGGGAAUACAAUGGUGGAGAAGGAGGGGGCAAGAUAUUAUCGGACUCAAAUGAUCGUGAUAAGUUGGAGGGGGCAAGAGGAAACGCAGAUCCUGAUUUGGAUCAGGACUCAAGAGGAAACAAGUCACUUGCCAUGACGUUAUCUGAUCCAGAUGUGUUGGAUUGCCCCAUUUGCGUCGAAAUUCUCAGCGUUCCUGUCUUUCAGUGUGAGAAUGGGCACAUAGCAUGUGCUUCUUGUUGCUUCAAGAUUGCUAAUAAGUGUCCAUCAUGUUGUUGUCCAAUUGGAUAUAUCCGUUGUCGAGUUAUUGAAAAGGUUCUAGACUCUGUGAAAGUCUCAUGCGUGAACAAGAGGUUUGGUUGCAAGGAGAUUCGGAGUUAUGGUAACAAAACUGCCCAUGAAAAUGCAUGCAUCUAUGCGCCUUGUUCAUGUCCUUACGAUGGCUGUGACUUUGUGGAUCCUUCUACAAAGUUAUAUGCACAUUUUCGUGACAAACAUGGUUCUUUGGCAGAGCACAUCUUUUUCAACACUGUCCAUCCCAUUUAUAUUGAAAAAAAUCAAACUUACCAAAUUAUUCAAGAAAAGACAGAAGGAAUUAUUUUUAUCAUUAAUCAUUCUACUCAAGACCAUCCUGGUAGUGCUGUCAACAUUAUCUGUGUUGGACCAGCUUUGCAGACUAGAAGGUUCCGUUACGAGCUUGUAGCAACAGAUGGGGAGAGCACUUUUAAACUAGGAUCCAUUGCAGAGAACGUCCCAAAAUGGCCAGAAAAUUUUCCUUUGAAAAAAUAUCUUCUGCUCCCAAGAGAUUUGGUUGAUUCCACUCUCUCUUUCGAAGAAAGAGAAGUCGCUCAGUUGAAGUUGGAGGUCUUCAUAGAGCGUGAAUACAUCUUCUGAGUUGGUCUGUUGAUGCAAGUUAUGUUGUCGAUGCUGCUAUUUGGAGAUCUGCAUUAGCAGAUUGUCUAGCAAAUGCGAGCAUAUGGCUCAACUUUUUGGAUGCUAUCUAUCAUGAAUCUCCUCACCCUUUUGUGAUGAAGCAAUAUGUAAUAGACAAGAAGGGGAUGAAGUAUAGUAUUGUAGAGUAAUCCCAAACUUGUUGAUGUAUGAAUAACCAUUAUAUAAUAUCUCUUUUUGUGCAGAAAAAAAAAUCUGCAUUCGUGCUAUUA